GCAGGACUGCAGUCGGCCGAAGCUGAAGGAAGAACUUGAGCGUGAGGAGCUCGAGUGAUUGGCUGACUGGGAACUCGGGCGCCAAUAUGGCGUUUGUAGCAGGAGUUAUUCGGCGUCUGGACGAGACGGUAGUGAACCGCAUAGCGGCGGGGGAAGUCAUUCAGCGGCCGGCCAAUGCUAUCAAAGAGAUGAUAGAAAACUGAUGCAAAAUCUACAAAUAUUCAAGUGGUUGUUAAGGAAGGUGGCCUGAAGCUAAUUCAGAUCCAAGACAAUGGCACUGGAAUCAGGAAGGAAGAUCUGGAUAUUGUGUGUGAGAGGUUCACUACGAGUAAACUGCAGACUUUUGAGGAUUUAGCCAGUAUUUCUACCUAUGGCUUUCGUGGUGAGGCAUUGGCAAGCAUAAGCCAUGUGGCCCAUGUCACUAUUACAACCAAAACAGCUGAUGGGAAAUGUGCGUACAGAGCAAGUUACUCAGAUGGAAAGCUGCAAGCCCCUCCUAAACCCUGUGCAGGCAACCAGGGCACCCUGAUCACGGUGGAAGACCUUUUUUACAACAUAAUCACAAGGAGGAAAGCUUUAAAAAAUCCAAGUGAAGAGUACGGAAAAAUUUUGGAAGUUGUUGGCAGGUAUUCAAUACACAAUUCAGGCAUUAGUUUCUCAGUUAAAAAACAAGGUGAGACAGUAUCUGAUGUCAGAACACUGCCCAAUGCCACAACCGUGGACAACAUUCGCUCCAUCUUUGGAAAUGCGGUUAGUCGACCGUCUGGUAGAAUCAGCUGCCUUGAGAAAAGCCAUUGAAACUGUAUAUGCAGCAUACUUGCCCAAAAACACACACCCAUUCCUGUACCUCAGGUAAUGUAGCAUCAGAUCUGUCGGGGCUCUGUGAAAGAGGUUGUCAGCCAGGGUGGGGCCUUGUCACUGCUCUGAAAGGAUGCCCUGUCCCUCCACAGGAAAAUGGCACCAUUCUCACUCAUUCAGAGACUCUGUGCUUCCUUCUACUUGGGUCAAGAAACAGCAUCCUGCCCAGUGAGGACUCUUCAACAUUUUAAAAGAUUCUUUUUCUUUGUUUAUUUGAUUUAGAGAUAGGGGAGUAAGAGAAAGAGAGAAGGAGCAAGAGAGGACACAGGACACAAGGAACACGUGUGGAAGUCAGAAGACACAUUUCUAGAAUCGGGUUUUCUUUCCUCAUUACAUGAGUUCUGGUUGGCGGGCCUGUGGUAACUGCCUUUGCCUGCCUGCCUUCUUGUAGGUUCUUGCCUUAGCUUGGCAGAUGCCAGUGGCUUCCUUAAGUACUAUAGCAGCCAUGCUUCAUCAUCACACAUAUUUGAGGGCUUGCCUGAUCUAGACCAAACCCCACACAGUCUUUAUAUCUUUUGCUUGUCUGAAAAAGCCUCUCUAAAAAUCAGCAUGAAGAAUGACCGUUCUCUGCAACACAGCUGCACAAGGGUCCAGUACAUACUGAAAUCUUUCAAGUUUGAAACCUUAGCCUUCUGGCAGAAGCUAUGUUGGAAAGUUAAUUCUCAGCUGAGCCUCUGGAACACUCCUAUGAGCCCGGUGUUUUGGACAAUUUUAAGUUUCUAGGCCAGUGUAACAAGACCCUGUCUCAAAAAAAAGAAAGUUUUCUUUGUUCUGUUCUCACUGAAAUGAGAGAAAAAGUUAAAAAUUAUGUUAAAAAUGGUUUUUAGAUGAGAGCAGACAUAUUAUGGCCAUGGGCGAGAGUAGUUUUUAUAUUUAAUGUACAGUUGGCUCCAUCAUGUGUCUCCUUGCUGGGUAAUAAAUCUGUAAUGUCAUCAGCUUGUUCUGUACCAGGCAGGAUCUAAAUAGGAGAUAGAGAACAAGGAAAGUUUAAUGAAGAAAUUAAUACUGAAGUCAAGUACCAGAGGUUUAAAUAGUGAGAGAUCAGUGACAGGAACAACAGAUGCAGAGAGCAGCCCCUCCCCAGGGCUGAGAUAUUAAUAGAGCCUCUUGCCAUUCUGGUCUCCACCACCCUGUUGCUGAGAUAAGGUCCUGAUGAGAGAAUGUGCCUGUGGCUUGCUGCACCUGGGAGAGUGCAUGAGGCAGUCCUCAGCACUAGGGAGUUGCUGUGGGGUGUACUGCCUGUAAGAAGAAACUGCUGCUGAGCUCUGUGUGCAAGAAGACCCCUCCUGUUGUCCCUGUAGUGCCCUCUACUGACAGAGCUUCAUAAUGCAAAGCAGGUUUGGAAAUCAGCCCUCAGAACGUGGACGUCAAUGUACACCCCACCAAGCACGAAGUUCACUUUCUGCACGAGGAGAGCAUUCUGCAGCGUGUGCAGCAGCACAUUGAGAGCAAGCUGCUGGGCUCCAAUUCCUCCAGGAUGUAUUUCACCCAGACCUUGCUUCCAGGACUUGCUGGGCCUUCUGGGGAGGCAGCUAGACCCACGACAGGGGUGGCUUCCUCAUCCACUAGUGGAAGUGGCGACAAGGUCUACGCUUACCAGAUGGUCCGUACGGACUCCCGGGAGCAGAAGCUUGACGCCUUUCUGCAGCCUGUAAGCAGCCUUGGGCCCAGCCAGCCCCAGGACCCUGCCCCUGUCCGAGGGGCCAGGACGGAGGGAUCUCCUGAAAGGGCCACGCGGGAGGACGAGGAGAUGCUUGCUCUCCCAGCCCCCGCUGAAGCAGCUGCUGAGAGUGAGAACUUGGAGAGGGAAUCACUAAUGGAGACUUCAGACGCAGCCCAGAAGGCGGCACCCACUUCCAGUCCAGGAAGCUCCAGAAAGAGACAUCGGGAGGACUCUGAUGUGGAAAUGGUGGAAAAUGCUUCCGGGAAGGAAAUGACAGCUGCUUGCUACCCCAGGAGGAGGAUCAUUAACCUCACCAGCGUCUUGAGUCUCCAGGAAGAGAUUAGUGAGCGGUGCCAUGAGACUCUCCGGGAGAUGCUCCGUAACCAUUCCUUUGUGGGCUGUGUGAAUCCUCAGUGGGCCUUGGCACAGCACCAGACCAAGCUCUACCUCCUCAACACUACCAAGCUCAGUGAAGAGCUGUUCUACCAGAUACUCAUUUAUGAUUUUGCCAACUUUGGUGUUCUGAGGUUAUCGGAACCAGCGCCACUCUUCGACCUGGCCAUGCUGGCCUUAGACAGUCCUGAAAGUGGCUGGACAGAGGACGACGGCCCGAAGGAAGGGCUUGCAGAGUACAUUGUUGAGUUUCUGAAGAAGAAAGCGGAGAUGCUUGCAGACUAUUUCUCUGUGGAGAUCGAUGAGGAAGGGAACCUGAUUGGAUUACCUCUUCUGAUUGACAGCUAUGUGCCACCUUUGGAGGGACUGCCUAUCUUCAUUCUUCGACUGGCCACUGAGGUGAAUUGGGAUGAAGAAAAGGAGUGUUUUGAAAGUCUCAGUAAAGAAUGUGCUAUGUUUUACUCCAUUCGGAAGCAGUAUAUACUGGAGGAGUCGACCCUCUCAGGCCAGCAGAGUGACAUGCCUGGCUCCACGUCAAAGCCCUGGAAGUGGACUGUGGAGCACAUUAUCUAUAAAGCCUUCCGCUCACACCUCCUACCUCCGAAGCAUUUCACAGAAGAUGGCAAUGUCCUGCAGCUUGCCAACCUGCCAGAUCUAUACAAAGUCUUUGAGCGGUGUUAAAUACAAUCAUAGCCACCGUAGAGACUGCAUGACCAUCCAAGGCGAAGUGUAUGGUACUAAUCUGGAAGCCACAGAAUAGGACACUUGGUUUCCAAGCUCCAGGGUUUCCAGUGCUCACUAUUCUUGUUCUGUAUCCCAGUAUUGGUGCUGCAACUUAAUGUACUUCACCUGUGGAUUGGCUGCAAAUAAACUCACGUGUAUUGGUGUGAUUUUUUUUUUU